AUGUGGGAAUUUAACGCGCGCAUGACCCUUGCACGCAAGGAUCUAUUGGAUCAUGUAAUGGUGAAGCCAGAGUCGGCAGUGCUACGGAAAUUACCCGAGUGGAAAGUCGCCGAUAUGAAGGCUCUGGCUGUGCUGGUGAAGUUACUCUCACCCACCUAUCAGUGUAUGGUUCGGGAAUGUGAGACAGCCCUUGAGGCUUGGGAGGUAUUGCAGACAUUCUUCACGAAGAAGAACCUCCACAAGCGGGUGCAACUUCGGAAACAACUACAUGAAUUUGUGAUGGAAACUGGUACGAGUCUAAUGGACCACCUACUGAAGUUUGAUGAGCUUUGUUUGAAGCUCAGGGCUGCUGGUGACAGCAUGGAUGAUGAUGAGAAGCUAGUACUUCUCUUGGGAAGCUUAUCAUCUGAAUAUGAUGAUAUGGUGCGCAUAAUUGAUGCGCACAGCAACGUGACGCUGUUGGACGCAAAAGAGAUGCUCCGGCGGGAGUAUGACACGCUACAGAAACGUGAUAAGAAGGAAACUGCAUUUAAAGCACACGCACAACCCAAUGUGAAUCGACGCUUUCAAGGAAACCGAGGGCACCAUGGCCGUCAGAACGAUAAAGAUCGAAACCAAGCUUUCAGACGAAGGAACGACAACGCAAGAUUUCAAGGCAAGUGUUUUACUUGUGGAAAACAUGGUCACAAGAGUUCGCAGUGUCACAGCGUGAAACAGUCAAGAUCUGGCGAUGAAUUUGUUUUCUCAGCAUCAAGCGAGAAAUUGGAGUCAAGUGCAACUUGGCUGCUGGAUAGUGGUGCAAGCCGUCACAUGACUGAUGACGAGCGUGAUUUUGUGGAGUAUGAAAAUCUGACUACCCCAAUUAGCAUCACAGUUGCCAAUGGACAGCAUCUGAUGGCGAAAGGAACGGGGUCGGUGCGAUUUGUACUGGAAAAUAGCCGCACAGUUAUGCUGAAGAAAGUUCUUCAUGUGCCUAAAUUGGACAAGAAGCUUGUAUCUGUACCAGCACUGACAGCCCGAGGUGUGCUUGUGCAGUCCAAGCGUAAUCAAGCAGUCCUAACAUCCAAUGGGAUUACGGUAGCAGUGAUUAAUCGAGUGGGAAAAUUGUUUGCGUGGAAUGUGAAGCAGGAUGUGGUAUUGGAGGCGUACAAAGCCGAGAGCACGACCAAAGAAGAUGAUGAAAGUGGACCGUGGCAUGCUCGCCUUGGUCACGUAUCGACAAGCAAGCUUAAUCAAGUAAUGAAGGCGUGCGACGGUAUUACGAAAUUGUCGGCAACUGAAGACGGUGUUUGCGAUGGGUUUUCACGUGGAAAAAUGACGAACAGUCCGUUUCGUCAUACCUCAGGGAGUACAGUCAAAACAAGUCAACCACUUAAGAUUGUUCAUACUGAUCUCAUGGGUCCGAUGAACCCGAAAUCAAAGGGUGGUGCCCUUUAUGUCCUCACAUUUAUCGACGACUAUAGCCGAUUCGUCUAUGUGUACUUACUUGCUGCGAAGUCACAAGCGUUUGAACAUUUUCAGGACUUUCGCGUGAUGGUGGAGACACAAACGGAUCGCAAGAUCAAGUGCAUCAGAAGUGACAAUGGUGGUGAGUUUACAAGUUACCGGUUCAACAAGUACUGUGUGAAUCAUGGUAUCAUACACCAAACAAGCGUGCCAUAUACUCCACAGCAAAAUGGAUUUGCUGAGAGAAUGAAUAGAGCGCUUGCUGAAAUGGCACGUUCGAUGUUGAGCCAUAUGGAGGUGGAUAGAAUGUGGUGGGGUGAAGCUGUUAUGAUAGCUGCGCACACACUAAACCGAAUUCCGAACACAGCGCGUCCCAACAAGAGUCCAUUUGAAGUGAUGAACGGUUCGAAACCUGACUUAAGUUACUUUCGUGUAUUUGGAUCUACUGGUUAUACACGAGUAGCGGAUUGCAAGCGGACCAAAUGGGACAACAAGGCUAACAAGUGCAUUUUUCUGGGUUACUCGGAGUCAUCAAAGGCGUACCGUGUGUGGGAUGUGGAUCGAGAACAGUUGGUAGUGACUCGUUCUGUCACACUGGACGAAAGGCCUCCUUCACGAUACAAGAAUAUUGUUGUGAGUGAAAAUUGUGUCAAAAUCACACAAAAGCACGAUGAUAGAGACGAAAAUGCGGUAAAUGUACCCAUUUUAGCGGAUUCUCAUGAUGUGGAAGACAUGGAAGUUGAUGGAGCAGAUGAUGUUGACCCUAGCCGGGAAGACAUGGUUGUGGAUGCCUAUGGCGAGGACAACAGGUCGGAAAAUUUGGAGAUUGUUCCGAUUGAAGGGGAGCGUACAGAUGAGCGGACAGGUGAAAAAAUUAGAGAAUUGUGCACACUAAGUGGAGGCGUUGAUGAGAAGGGUCAUCAGCGCACGCACAUGCUCCAAGACAUUUGCGAUCGCUCAAAUGCAAUUGUACCGCGUGAGGAGCAGUACAACCAGGAGGACAGACUUGAGGUAUACACUGGGUCGAGUAAAAGACGAUUAAGUGAUGAUUCGUACCCUCGUUUGCUUGAAAGUGAUAAUUCUGGACAUGGUCGUGGAAAUUUACCACUCUUGACAGAUGGACCUGUAGCGGAUAAUGAGGAUGAUGCUGACGUAGUCGAGCCUGAAGCUAAACGUCACUGUAUGGACGAUUACGAAAUUUCGCUUUCUGCCACUGUUGUACCCACGACUUACAACGAGGCAAUACAGUCAUCAGAGUCAAAGCAAUGGAAAGCAGCAAUUCUGACCGAGAUUCAAGCUCAUGAACGCAAUCACACAUGGGAUGUUGUUCGCCGCCCGUCUGGUGUCAAGGUUAUUGGAAACAAGUGGGUUUUUGGGCACAAUUUUGAUGAAAAUGGUGAAAUUGUGCGUUAUAAGUAUGAAAUAUGUGAUACGACAAUUUGA